GCGGUUGCCUGGCGGGAUACAUCAACGGGAGAAACUUCAUAUUUUCUAGCACAUACACCGGACUUUUGGGAAUAAUUAUUUGUGUGCUUCGCGGUUCUCCAGAGAUGCCGUCCUCGGUGGGUCCCAGCAGCCCCGCUGCUGCCUUGCAGGAGGCCCUGGAGAGUGCAGGCCGCCUGACCGACAAACACCUACAGGAGGACCGCUGCUUCCCCGACCUCUCGGAGCUGUUGAAUGUACCAGCACACAAUAUGCCAUCUCUCUCCGGCGUGUCAGACAUGGACUAUCCAUUACAGGGUCCAGGGCUGGUCAGCGUGCCAAGUUUGCCAGAGCUGAGUCCCUUCAGGAGGGUCCCGCUCCCCCCAGAAUUGGUUGAGCAAUUCAGUCAUAUGCAGUGUAACUGCAUGAUGGGCGUGUUUCCCGAGAUAAGCAGGGCCUGGCUGACCAUCGACAAUGACAUCUUCAUGUGGAACUACGAGGAUGGGGGAGAUGUUGCCUACUUUGAUGGCCUCAGUGAAACUAUCCUAUCUGUUGGGCUGGUCAAGCCAAAAGCAGGAAUUUUCCAGCCUCACAUCCAUUUCCUGUUGGUGCUUGCUACCCCGGUGGACGUGGUGAUCCUGGGGCUGAGUUUCCCCAAGGCGCAGGGAGGCCUGAACGACAGCCUGUCGGGAGCCAUGCAGCUGCUGCCGGACCCGCUGUACUCCAUCCCCACGGACAACACCUACCUGCUGGCGGUGACGGCCACGCAGCUGGGCCGCAUCUUCUUGGCGGGCCGCGACGGCUGCCUGUACGAGGUGGCCUACCAGGCGGAGGCCGGCUGGUUCAGCCAGCGCUGCUGGAAGAUCAACCACUCCAAGAGCAGCCUCUCCUUCCUGGUGCCUUCCGUGCUGCAGUUCUCCUUCUCUGAGGACGAUCCUGUUGUUCAGAUUGCCAUAGAUGACUCCCGCAACAUCCUGUACACACGCUCCGAGAAGGGAGUUCUCCAGGUUUAUGACCUUGGAGCUGACGGCCUGGGAAUGAGUCGGGUGGCGUCCAUGUCCCAGAAUGCAAUUGUGUCAGCGGCAGGAAACAUCGCCAGGACCAUCGACCGCUCUGUCUUCAAGCCCAUAGUCCAGAUCGCUGUGAUCGAGAGAUCAGAGUCAUCUGACUGUCAUCUCUUGGCCAUCUCUCAUGCUGGUGUGCGUAUGUACUUCGGCACAUCUCCGUUCGCUCCGCCCAAUGCUAAGCACACCACGGCACGACCCAGUCUGCUGGCGCUGGUCCACGUCCGCCUCCCGCCGGGCUUCUCCGCAUCCUCCACCCUGCAGAAACCCGCCAAGGUCCACAAGGCCCUCUACAAGAAAGGAGUGCUCCUGAUGGCGGCGUCAGAGACGGAGGACAGUGACAUCAUGUGGUGCAUCAACCACGACUCCUUCCCCUUCAAGAAGCCCCUCAUGGAGGCCCAGAUGACGUCAGGUGUGGAUGGCCACUCGUGGGCGCUGUGUGCCCUGGAGGAGGAGCCGUCGGCGCGCAUGGUGACGGCCCUGAAUAAGGACCUGGUGCCCGUCACAGACUCCCCCGUGGUGGUGCAGCAGCACAACGUCCCGCCCUCCAAGUUUGUACUCCUCUCCGCUAAGGGCAGUCACAUCUUCCACAAGCUGCGGCCGGUGGACCAGCUGCGCCACCUGCUGGUCAGCAGUGGUGGUGGCGAGAGCGAGGAGAUUGAGCGUUUCUUCAAGCUGCACAGGGAAGAGCAGGCGGGUGCUACAGCUCUCAUUCUGGCCUGCUCAGCCGCUGCCUGUGACAGAGAGGUGUCCAUAUGGGCUACCCGCGCCUUCUUCAGGUAUGGUGGAGAGGCCCAGAUGCGUUUCCCCUCCUCCAUGGCGGCGCCCAGUAAUGUUGGCCCCAUACUGGGCUCUCCUGCACCAGGAUCUCCAUUCACUGCGGCAAGCUACUUAGCCACCCCUGCCCCAGGUGUGGCUCCCAUGAUGGCAUCUACUCCGUUUAGCCCCGCGGUGCCCAUGGCCGCCCCGGUCUCCACAGCUGGGCCUGAGGUCAUCUUCUCCGGAAAACACAACGGCAUCGCCAUCUACUUUGCUCGCAUACUGGGAAAUCUCUGGGAUGGCAGCAUAGCAGUUGAGAAGUCAGUCAGUAAAGGAAACCAAACCGCCACCAUUCUGGAGAGCUCGGCCAGUGCUGCCCACCUGGAGUCUGUUCUGCUGGAGCUGAGAGGACUAAAGGAGUUCCUGGAUAAGAACUCUCAGUUUAGCCCCAACGCACUGGGCACCCCCAGUUUCAGCUCCCCGGCCAACCUGCAGCAGAGGCUGAUGGGGGCACUGCGUCCAGACGGGGUCACCUCACACCAGGCGCAGCAGGAGCUCCAGAGGAAGUACCACACGGAGGCCCAGGCGUGUGAGAAGGCGUCCCUGCAGGGUGUUCAGCAGCUGGUCCACCGCUGCUUCCAGACGCUGGCCCUGUGGAAGCUGCUCUGUGAACACCAGUUCAGCGUCAUCAUCGCGGAGCUGCCCAAGGACUUCCAGGAGCAGAUGAAGGGCAUCAGCUUUAAGGAGGUGGUGAUCAGGGGCCGGGAGCUGACGGGGGCCCUCAUCACAGCCCUCAUCAACGUCUACAUCAAGGACAACGCCUCCGUCGACCCCAUCAGCGCCCACCUCCGAGACAUCUGCCCCCUGCUCUACAGCAACGACGACAGCGUCUGCUCCAAGGCUAAUGAGUUGCUGCAGGGCUCGCGGCAGCUGCAGAACAAGGCGGAGAGGGAGCGCACCCUGAAGGAGUCCCUACGACUCUACCAGCUCAUCAGCAACAACACCGACCUGCCCCUCGUAUGCACACAGUACCGCCAGGUGCGUUUCUACGAGGGUGUAGUGGAGCUGUGUCUGACUGCGGCGGAGAAGAAGGACCCCCAGCGGCUGGGCCCCCACUUCUACAGGAACGGGGAGCCAGAGGAGGACCUGGCCGGCCAGCAGGCCUUCCAGGAGAGGUUGUUGUGCUACAAGUGUGUGACGGACACUAUGCAGGACCUGGUGAACCAGAGCAAGGCGGCGCCACAGUCUCCAAGCGUCCCCAAGCAGCCCGGCCCACCCGUCAUGACGUCAGACCCCAACAUGCUCAGCAACGAAGACGCCUCCAAUCACUUUGAGCAGAUGCUGGGCCUGGCCCAGAGGUCUCAUGAUGAGCUCUUCCACAUCGCCCUCUACAACUGGCUCAUCCAGGCAGACCUCGCUGACAAGCUGCUGGAGGUGAACUCGCCGUACCUGGAGGAGCACCUGAUGCACAUCAUCAAGCAGGAGCAGAACAAGGUGCGCAACAUGGACCUGCUGUGGAGGUACUACGAGAAGAGCCGCAACUUUGGCAAGGCCGCACACGUGCUCGCACGCCUCGCAGACAUGCACAGUACGGAGAUCUCUCUGCGCCAGAGGCUGGAGUACAUCUCGCGGGCCAUCCUAUCUGCCAAGAGCUCCUCCUGCACCUCCUCCCAGGGGGCCGACGGGGAGUUCCUGCACCAGCUGGAGGAGAAGAUGGAGGUUGCUCGUAUCCAGGUUCAGAUCCAGGAGAUGCUGAACAGACGCCACUCUCAGCAUCCCUCAGCACAGGCCGCCAUUGCCCAGCUCAACUCAGAGCUCAUGGACAUCACAAAGCUCUAUGGGGAGUUUGCUGAUCACUUCCAGCUGUCGGAGUGUAAGCUGGCCAUCAUCCACUGUGCGGGACACGCCGACCCCAUCUUGGUGCAGGCGCUAUGGCAGGAGAUCAUGGAGAAAGAGCUAACGGACAGUGCCAUCAUGAGUCCAGCCGACCGCAUGAGGGCCCUCAGUCUGAAGCUGGUGUCACUGGGGAAGCUGUACGCUGGGACGCCGCGCUAUUUCCCACUAGAGUUCCUGGUGAAGUUCCUGGACCAGCAGGUGUGUGGCCUGGGCUGGGACGUGGGCUUCGUCACCUUCACCAUGCUGGAGAUCGGGGUGCAGCUGCCACGCCUACUGGAGGUCUACGACCAGCUCUUCAAGACCAGAGACCCUUGCUGGCAGAGGCUGAAGAAGCCCCUGCAUCUGGUGGAGUGCAUUCACGUGCUGCUGUCAGGAUACGUUGAUGACCCCACCAGAGUCCCCACCUACGACAGGCGGCGCUUCACCAACGUGUGCCUGGACAACAUCUGUGGCUACCUGGUGGAGCUGCAGUCCCUCAGCCCCAACGCCGCCCUCCAGCAGAUCAUCGGCAACUUCAAAUCCCUACAGGCUAAACUGGAGAAGGUGCACUGAGGCAACCCUGUCCACCGCCAAAACAACCAGGUCCCGCCCGGCCGGCACUCACUGAUGAAUGCUGCGGACCACCUAACACAACCAGCCAGCCCCCCCCCCCCAGCAUUGACUCCUUGUGCUGCCCACCCAAAAAGCUUUUUUUCUGAACUGAUAACCAAGACUCUGAGGCUCUUAUUUUUUCCUCUACGUGUGUGCGUUUGUGCGUUGAUGCAUCUCCUGGAACUGUGUGAAGUGUGUGUGUGUGUGUUUUUGGCAAAAUGCUCAAGAUUUGAAGUAGUGCGAGAGGGAAUUAUCGGCAGUACCUGUGGGCAAGUGUCUAUCCUCAGGAUUUUCCAUCGCCGCUGGUUUGCUUUGACCUUUUCGUCAUCCAUGGACAAAAAAAAAAAAAUCAACAGUGUUUCACAUUAACACAAAACAUUGUGCCAUCAGAAAAUAAGUUAUGGUGCUUCUCUUUGUCACUUUUGCCUGCCGGAAAUGUCCUGUGUGUUUUUGUUUGUUGCGGUGCAUUUACAGUACUGUACAAACAGCAAAACCAUCACCUUUGCCACCUAUGGGCUGCUACUGCUCACAGCACAUAAGUAUGAGGAGUGUGUGUAUGUGCGUGCGUGUGUGUUUGUGUGUGCAUAUGAGGGAACGAGUCAGAGAGACAGAAGAAGAAAGUGAUGUAUUUAAGUUGUUGAAGAGCAGUCUUUUGAUUGGGAAACUAUCAGAGUGAUCCUGUGCCUCGGUUGCUAGUACAGUAUAAACACAAGAAAGUGAGCAUUUCCCCUUAAUCUCGUAGUUUAUUUUACUUUGAUGAAGAAUGAUGGUAUGUGCUCUCAAUGGGGCGUCCUUCUUAUGUCUGGUGUCAAUGAGUCCUUUGACCUGAAAUCUGGCUGUUAGUUACUAAAGGUCUUUGGAUAUUUUCAUUUUAAAAUCAAGACUCUGAUACUAAGGUGACUAAGUGAUUAAACAUCACUUAGGAAUGUAUUUGUAUUGAUUGAAAGAAAACUUUGAACUGAAAUUCAGAUUUUGUAUACAUAUACAGGUCUGGAUGAAUUUUUUAUAUCUGGCAAAUGUUUUUUACAUGUGAAAACAUUUUGUUUGCUAGUGUUUGUAUGCCCUCAGUAGUAAAGGGGAAUAAUAAAUAAAAAUUUGAUCAACCUGACGAGUUUCAAACACAGGUACAUA